AUGACGAAGAGUGACUCUAUCUCGGAGUUUGAAGAGAUAUCUUUCAUUUUCGACUCGGACCGAAAGAUAUCUCUCGACUUAAGGUUUCCGUCUAAUGAACCUGGCCCUUCUAGUCCCGAGUUCAUGCUUCAACAGCCUACGGCAAACGCUCCAUCAUCGACGGCGCCGACAAGAAGCAUUAAAGAGAAUUGUCGCCCUGUCCGUUUGGCACUAACAGCAUGGGUAGCCAGCUUGAUAUUUACCAUCGUUUAUUCGCUGUUCAUCUACCAUGUUCUUUUCGAAGGCAACCCAGUCGUUGGAUCAUGGACCUUUGAUGCAUCCCUAACCAACUUGCUUCUCUCUAUAUUCUCUCAACUGUACGGCAUGCUCUUAGCAUAUGUCGCAAUCAGCUUGUCGGAUGCAUUGCGAUGGUCCUUGGCCUCAAGAACUGGAGGCAAAGGUGGUGCCUCGGCUUCCAGCUUUUUUCAACUGAGUCCGGCGACGGACUGGUUCUCUGUUCUCAAAUUCAUUUUCAAGGGCAGGUUUCGAAGCAACUGGGGAAUCAUAAGGCUUGCAAUGCCUUUUAUGGGACUAGGCUUCGGUUCCAUCCUGAAAUGUAUUCAAAACAGUUUCGAGGAUUACUUCAUCAAACAGGGCGCCUCCAUCGAUGUUUAUGCCGGAAAUGCACCCCCCGACGUAUCAAUCCUAGGACUGAUCUCAACAGCAUAUCUAGACGGAUUCUUCGAUACAUGGACACAGCAACUGCUUAGUUAUCCCCGAUAUGCAACAGAGUGGAAAAUGGACGGCUGUACCGGCAAAUGUUCUGUGUCAUUCCUCCCCGGAGGAAUGGAAAUAGCUCGCAAAGUCGGCCCCUUGCUAAACAGCACUGUCCUCAACGGUGGGCUGUUCAAUCAGAGUGAAUCAAUUAUGAUCGAGAACGCGCCUGGUAUGGUGGCCCGAUUUGAACCAGUAGAAGACGGUUUCGAGUUCGACAUUGAAAAGGAAUGUAGGGUCUAUCAUACCCCUCUCGGAGAUGCAUUGCAGAUGUGCAAGAAGCAGAUAGGGGACUCGGUUGCGGCAGGUUGGCGAUCCUGUCCAAGCGUGGUCCUUAUGACAAAAGGAUGCGCGCUGCGGCCAUCAUGGUCAAAAACACCCAUAGUCUCGAAAACAUUGUUCACUGCAUACAGACAAAACGCGACAACAAUGUACAGCCAGAAGGACCUCUCCAUCCAGCAUGUAGAGGCUGUCUCUAAGCCAGUUCGAGUUAAGAUGUCAGAGCCUGACAUGGAACUGAUUUGGAACAGAAUCUUUGUGCCGCGGAACAAUUCAGACGACUUCGACCUCCAAUCCAUCAAUAUCACAAUCGCGAGAAUGACAUGGAAGUACCGGACCUACACCGAGUUCUUCCCUGACAAUGAGAUGCACGUCGAGCUGUUGCAAAACUUUCUCUCCGUCCCACUUCAGUUUGCUAUUACGGCAUUGCAGUAUGCCAACUACACAAUGGCUCUGCCGGAAGAAAAGCGUGUAUUCCCACCGGAACUCUUGACGAAAGCAACUGGUGGACGGUCGAUAAAGCGGUUCGUUAGUCAGCCGUGGACAGUGAUCGUCUUCAUUGCCGCGGGGAGCACCGUGGUGGCGUUGACGGGAGGAGGGUUCUGGUGGAUUCUGUCACAAUUGCACCCACUUCCAAAGCCUUCCGGAAUAGUUGAAGUUGACUUUAUGAGUAGACUGAGCGACUUACAAAAGGACCGCGAUCAGCAUGGCAGCACAGAACCAUUUUCAGACUUGGUACACGAUAUCAGAUCACAAGACAAACAGUCAGCUUGGCAGAUCAUUCAAGCACUCCGGGAAAGAAGGUUGGGGUUGACCCCUACCGAGAUAACUGACGAGGAGAAAGGACGGACAAAAGUUCAGCCAGUUUUACACUUGCUACCAAACAGGGUGAACAGUUUGGCGCCUGAGAGCUCUUCUUUCACAUGUAGUGAGGAUGAAAAGACCACCAGAAUGGACUCAAGGGAUGUGAGAUAG